AUGAACUUCUCAAAGAACCCAGCUCACAUCUUCGACGAACCCGAAGAAUGUAAACACCUCGCCGAACCAUCCAUGCCCCAAUUUGUGGUCUCAGUGGCUUUGAUGGGAUGGCUGCUCAUCUGCUAUAUUCCACAAUGGGGUCGAAUCGUCUCACGAAAGUCCGCCGAAGGUCUGUCAACAUACUACAUUCUUUUGGGAUCGCUGUCUGGUGUCUGUGCUGUCGGCAACAUCAUGAUGCUCCCAUCCAGCGCAGUCGAGAUUGGUUGUUGUAGAACGAACACCCAGUUUGCCUGUAUCAGUGGCCUUCUGGGCAUGCUGCAGGUCAUUUUCGGUAUUGCCUGUUUUUGGGUCGUCCUGUUCAUGUACGUUUACUACUCCGAGGAGGAAGCCGAUGCAGAAUUGCGUGGACAUAGACCGUCCAUCUCCGGACCAGACCGCACAUUCCGCCGGGCGAAACGUGCCUGGAGGGUUCUCAUCACCGCAUGCAGCUUUGCAUUCGCUGUCCUGUUGGUCUCGGCUAUGAUCCUUCACCGCUUUCCAUGGGUCGCGCAGACCUGGGCAGAUAUCCUUGGUGUUGCUGUCGCUGCAUUUGCAUGUGUCCAGUGGGUUCCUCAGGUUCGAACGACCUGGCAUCUGGGGCACCUCGGCAGUCUCAGUCCGGUCUCUCUUGUCUUGAUGGCGCCUUAUACCUGGAUUUUCGGCAUCAAUAUGAUCAUUCGAGUCGGCUUGACCGGCUGGAGUGCCUGGAUUGUCUACGUCUUGGUCGGUACAAUGCAAAUCAUCUUGGUUGGCAUGGCCAUUGGCUUCACGAUUAGAGAUCGGAGAUUGGCCAAGGAAGGAAAACAGCACUGUGCUACACCAGCACAGUUCGAAGGUUGGAACACCUGGACUGGAGAUCGCCGCCCGUCACAAGUGUCGUUCGCUCCCUCCGGCAUUGCUCCGGACGAGCGCAGCCCGCUCGUUCACCAUCAUUCUCACGGUUCACAAAGACAAGGUGUCCAACGCGAGGCUUCUCAUGGCUCACAAAGACAAGGGGUUCACCGCGAAGCUUCUCACGGCUCACAAAAAUGA